AGGGUGGAUAAGUGCCUUCUCCUGUGGGAAGCUGACUUUGGUUGUGAUGCCGUAAACUGGACCAUGCUGGAGCAGGAUUCUGCUAGUCAGAGCUGUGGGUUUGGAAGGGUGGGGGGGCCACAGCCGCAGAGGACGCUCCACAGUUAGCCAUGAGUCUGGAGUGGCUCCCGCGCGGCUGCUGCGCCGGCUACCCCAGUUGGCAUCGCUGCAGGCUGGCCGGGACGGGCAAGAUCGCGGCCUCAGAUGGUUGUAGGCAAGGGGGAGGCAGCAGCGACGGUGGGGGGGCCAGGAUCCAGCUGAGGGGGCUGGACACCGAACAGCUGAAAGGCAGCCUGGUGGUCCUCUACGCACCUGCUGGGAACUCCUAUCUGAUCAGAUUGAGCUCAGGGAUGGAGGAGAUGGUCUGGGAGCAGUACACAGUCAACCUGCAGCGGGACUCCAAGAUGGGUUUUGGCAUCGCUGUGUCAGGUGGGCGGGACAACCCCAACGUGGACAACGGUGAGACGUCAAUCAUCGUGUCAGACGUGCUGCAGGGAGGACCAGCUGAUGGAUUACUCUUUGAGAAUGAUCGUGUCAUUCAGGUCAACUCCAUCCCCAUGGACAACGUGCCUCACUCCUUUGCUGUGCAGUCCCUUCGUAAAUGUGGUAAAGUGGCUAAAAUAACGGUGAAGAGACCUCGUAAGGUCCACUCACUGAAGCAGCCCCCCUCCCCAGACGGAGACAGUCGGGAGUACGCCCCCUCCACCCACUACUACGACGCUGACAAUGACAACGGCUGGUACCGCGACGAAGGCCGGGACCACAUCUCGGACAGCAAAGGAUACCUGGAGCCCGAGUACAGAGGAGGGCGGGACUCCAACCAGAGAGGAAGGAGCCGCGGGAGGAGCCAUGAGAGAAGCUCGCCCAGCCCGGAGAGAUCCCGGAGGGAGGGCAGCCGGGGGCGAGCCCUGGACACCAGCGCCGACCGCCAGCGGUACCCCAGCCGCGGUCGCAGCCCCGGGGACAGCUACCGCAUGGAGGACAAGUAUGAGCGGGGCGAAGGAGGAGGAGGAGGAGGAAGAGGAGGCAGGUACAGCAGCAGGGACCAGCUCAACGACAACCCCCCAUCCCCAGGAGCUUCCAGAGCGCUGGAGCCACUGGACAAACCUGUCAACGUCCUGCUGGUGAAGAACAGACCCAGCGAAGAGUACGGUCUGCGUCUGGGGAGUCAGAUCUUCAUCAAACAGAUGACCAGCACAGGCCUGGCUGCCAAAGACGGGAACCUGCAGGAGGGAGACAUCAUUCUCAAGAUCAAUGGGACAGUGACGGAGAACCUCUCUCUGCACGAUGCUGGGAAGCUUAUAGAGAAGUCGCGGGGGAAGCUGCAGCUGGUGGUGCAGAGAGACCGCCGUCAGAUCCUGGUCCGCAUCCCCCCCCUCGCGGACUCUGACUCUGAUAAUGACGACAUAUCAGAGAUGGAGUCAUACCAUUCCUAUUCUCCCCCAGAGGAGAGGAGGUCCCGCCAGUCAGACCUGUCCUCCCACUCUUCUAAUGAGAGAGACAACCCCAGGGAAGAACCCAUGAGGACAGCCAAGAUGUCAGCCAUGGCCUCCCCAUUCCGAGUCCCUGAGGACCCCCAGGCAUCUGCUGAGCUGAGCAAAGACACAGUGCACAUUGAGGAGCCUCCAGUUGCUGUAACAGCCACGCCCAAGAUUCUCCUCCGACCAAGUCCAGAAGAUGAAAAAAUAUAUGGGCCCAACACAGUGAUGGUGAAUUUCCAGAAGGGAGACAGUGUGGGGCUGAGGCUGGCAGGAGGAAAUGAUGUCGGCAUCUUCAUUGCUAGUGUUCAAGAGGGCAGUCCUGCUGAGGAAGAGGGCCUGCGCAUCGGAGAUCAAAUCCUAAAGGUGAACAAUGUAGAUUUUCAAGGUGUAGUGAGAGAGGAAGCAGUGCUCUUCCUGCUGGAGAUUCCUAAAGGGGAAGUGGUCACCAUCCUGGCACAGAGCAAACCUGACGUCUAUAAUGAUAUCUUGGUGUCGGGGCGGGGAGACUCCUUCUUCAUCCGGACCCACUUUGAGUAUGAGAAAGAGACUCCUCAGAGCCUGGCCUUCAGCCGGGGGGACAUCUUCAAGGUGGUGGACACCCUCUAUGAUGGCAAGCUCGGCAACUGGCUGGCAGUCCGUGUUGGCAAGGACAAGCAGCUGCUGGAGAAAGGCAUCAUCCCCAACAAGAGCAGAGCGGAGCAGAUGGCCAGUGUCCAGAACUCUCAUAAAGCUGUUGCAGGCGAUCGAGCGGACUUCUGGCGGUUGCGAGGUCAACGUUCUUUGAAGAGGAAGGACCUGAGGAAGAGCAGAGAAAACCUGAGCGGUCAGACACUGGCCACCCGCUUCCCCGCGUACGAACGAGUGGUGCUCCGAGAAGCGGGUUUCCGGCGUCCUGUGGUGCUGUUCGGCCCCAUCGCAGACGCAGCCAAUGAGAAGCUGGCCUCUGAGAUCCCCGACCUGUUUGUUAUUGCCAAAACUGAGCCUAAAGACGCCGGAUCUGAGAAGUCCUCAGGAGUGGUCCGCCUGAACACCAUCCGACAAAUCAUCGAGCAGGACAAGCACGCCCUGCUGGAUGUGACACCCAAGGCAGUGGACACCCUGAACUACACCCAGUGGUACCCCAUCGUCAUCUUCUUCAACCCCGACAGCAAGCACGGCAUCAAGGCCCUGAGACAGAGGAUCGCCCCCAACUCCAACCGCAGUGCCCGCAAACUGUACGAACAGGCCGUCAAACUGAGGAAGACCUGCUCUCACUUAUUCACUGCCACCGUAGAUCUGAACUCAGCCAACGAUGCCUGGUACGGCAGCGUCAAAGACUCUAUCAGAGAACAGCAGAUGCAGGCUGUGUGGGUUUCUGACGGCAAGCUGGAGGGAGUAGAGAGUGAUCUGGACUGCCAGGACGUGGAGCGCCUGUCCUUCCUGUCUGCCAUGUCGGCCGACUACCUCAGCAUGGACAGCCGGCUGACCUCUGACCUCGACGACACUGCCGACGAGGGUGGGGCCUACACCGACAACGAGCCCGACGCGGAGAUGAUGCACAUCUCCGCCAUCAGCCGCUCGUCUGAACCUGUCACAGCUGAAGAGAUCUUGCGCAGGUACAGUCCAGACAUCAGGAGUCGAUUGAGGAAAAUCAGCAGCCGUGACGUCCUCAACAGGUCCAGCCCUCCACCUGUCUUCUUACCAGACAGCAAGCUCUUUACCUCCACCCAAAGGAACAAACUGCCCUUCCCUUUGAGGAACGGCCUGAUAUGGAGAAACCACUCUCCCUGCAGUUCCGAGUCCUCCGACCUCAGCUCAGUGGACCAGAUGGGUACCCUGAAUCCCCCUCACUUAUUGGUGAAACUGUCUCUGAGAGACGACUCCAGCAGCCCACGCCAUCACCACCGGCAGCACCACCCUCCACCCCCCAGCUCCAGUCGAAGUUACGAUUCUCCGUCCAGCAGCAGCCCCGCCAGCAGCAAUAACGACCCUCCGCCACUCAUCCCCCGGUCGGCUGCCUCCUCCGGGCCGCUUCCUCCGGCUCACCACUUCAACUCCUGUAGCAAACUGUGGCCCCCGGGAGCGCCCCAUUCCCCCGCCGCGCCCAGGCCCGGCAGUGGCGGGAGCACGGUGGAGGCUUCACUUCACUCACCCGUGCCUCUGCCCAGUGCAAUGGGCUGUAGGCAGCAGGAGGAGGCAACUAAGGACAGCCCUGUGGACGAUCCGUCCUUGAGGUCCUUCCUGGGGAAGAUCAAGGCCUUCGAGAAGAUGGAUCACUUCGCCCGAGCCCAAAGGAUGCUGGAACUGCAGGAGGCGCAGAAUGCCAGGUUGGAAAUUGCCCAGAAGCACCCAGACAUCUAUGCUGUUCCUCUGAAGACAGCCAAGCUGGAUCACACUCGCCCACAGCCUAUCGGGUAGGCUCAAUACUGCCAUAGGACUGUUUCCAAGCUGCGCUCUCCAGCUCCCGUCCUGAACCCCAGACUCCUCCGUCCUCCAAGGAGGGACGUCCUGUCUACCCCAGCCAAGAGGAGGCAGAGUCGGAGGCAGUGCCAGGAUACUACACCGCCAACUCCUUCCAGUACCAGGACACUCAGUUGUAGGUUCAGCACACAGCAGCUGUGGCCGCCCUCGGCUUCCUGGACGUACAUGUACACAUGCACUGCAUAAGCAGUCUAUUUACACACAUACCAUUCCAUCAUGCCCUGCACAAGUAAGCUGCUGACUUUGGACUGACUCUCGCUUCUUUGAUAUUAAGGGGGCGGGGGGGUGUUUUGGUUCAUGGAAGUUAAAGCAAUCUGUGCUAUCCAUUUGGAUAGGAACACACUGUAUUAACUUUCCUUUUGAUGUUGUAUUUGAUUGCUUCUUUCUUACCUACCACUUUUGAAGGUCAAAACUGAGUGAUUAGGAACCACUUGUUUUCUUGCCUAUGCAACUCUUCAGUUUUUUGCACAGCAACUGAAACUUAAUGCCACAAGUUUUGCCCUCACAAAAAACCUCAACAAACCUAAAGACCACAAUGCGCUUUAUCACAUCUAUUCCUUUCUUUUUUAAGCUCCUAUUAUUGCCAGCUAUAUAUAUAUAUAUAUAUAUAUAUAUAUAUAUAAAUAUAUUAUUACAUACAACAAAUAUAUGUAUAUAUACAUAAAUGUAUUUAAAGUCAAGUGUUUAUACUCUGUCUUUGCAUUCCUUCGUAUAUGACAAUGCCUGUGUAUACAUACAGUAUAUAUCUAUAUAUAGUCUAUCUAGUAACACUGGAAUUUGUUACAAUUUUUUGAAGUGCCUUUUACUUUCUAAGUCCCAUGAGGUUCGGGUUGUCUUUCCUCCACCCCUCAGCUACCCAGCCGUACUAAAACCUCUGCUGCUGUCAAGCUUCAAGGGAAACCAGGGAACCAGUGACACCAAAUCUCAAUGCUGUCCCCCCCUCACACACCGUACUGUCUGCUGUCACCUCCAGGGGCAAAACACACACCCUGCAGCCAGUAUCUCAGCCAUGUGUAAGAAAGGGCAAAAGCUGUCUGAUCUCUAUAGUCCAAUCAAGAACAAUAUCAGUCUAACCAGUUAUUUUAAAUUGAGAUAAUUAGAGUCAAAGUUGUAAUCUGUAAAGGCCCGGUCACUCCAGCAUUAAACAGUCCAAAUUCUUCAAUUUUGUAAACUUAACACGGGUCAUUACCCAAUAGUGAAUUGUCUUGACAGUUCUGAUCUUUAAAGGAAUAGACAGCCAGAGAGAGAAGAAGAUAUCAUUUAACAGUUAUUAGCUGUGUUCCACUUUCAUAUAACCUUGUCUGUCAGAGUACAAAAUGCUCCACAAGAAGCAAAGGUUUAAAAGGCAACAGUUGAUGCUUCAAAUACAUCUCUUGAAUAAAUUGUGUAAAACUAUUGUCCCGUUAUUGCCCACUCUAACUAGCUCACCAAAAUGUUGGUGAUUUGUGGGUCGCAGGAGAUUUCUUUUUGUUAUGGCAGCACCCCGGUUGGCCGCUCAGGCAAAUUGGCAGCAAGACUUCCGAUCGACCGUCCUAUCCAGCUCUCUGAAUACAUCCAUGAGCUAGUCCUGUGAACAGUCACUGCGUCACCAAGGUUCUAGCACCACCUAUUUUACUAGGAUGUGCAAUGAAUUUUGCUGUGCCACUUUCUGGUUUGACCGGGCCUUGAGAUCUUGUUUUGUAAUUAUUGGCAUCCCUGAUGCUCAGCAUGCUGUUUUUGCACUGUACCUCUCAGCCAGAAAGGAUUUGCUAGUCGUAACUGUGUGGCCAGCAGCGUGAUGUCUUUUGCCUUGGAGUGUUUUGUCGAUAAAGUUUCUACAGGUGGUGCCCUCUUCUGUCUGUUCAGCCAUGGUAGCUAUCACUGCCUUUGCUAACACCCUGUUAAGUGAUAAGGUUGGUGACAUUCUAUAUUGUCUUAUGGUCAGCCAAUCCCAUGUUUCCAGCCAAACCAGCAAUGAAUGUAUCUACUUACAAGUAUUGUUAUUGAUGAUAUAUCGUAUUCCUCUGUGUCAUAGAGCUCCGUUGUUGUCCAACACCUUUUAGAGACUAGACUCUAAAAGGUGUUGGCCACCAAAUGUGGAUUCAUCCGCUGCUGAAAAUAGUCCCCAACAAAUGCACUAUUUCCUCCUGUGUGAGUAGCAUUUGUUAAAAACUACAGUGUUCAGCUGUUUUAGGAAAGUACUGAACCUUUAAAAAAAAAGUAAACUAUAUAUUUGUGAGCCUUUUAAUAGAAAAAUAAUUCAGUAGGAACCAGAAAGUAUUGAGAGAUAGACUAAAGCGGUGUUGAUUAUGGUCUUUAUGUAUGUGACGAUAAGAAGAAUAUAGAAUAACACCAGCCCUAUCUUUUCAAAGCUGUGCCCCAUGAAUAAGAGGAGCAGGAUCAGCCCUCUGAACGGAUGAACUUGCUAGGGGGCCAUUGGGCGUUGGGCCUACAUUUUGACACAGAACCCCUCUUCAAGACCUCAAGACCAAUAAAGCAGGACCCCUUUGAAGGCCCUUAUCAUGUCAUUUGAUUUUGUGGUGCAUAUUCCCAAACUAAUUUCCAAUUAGAUUAGCUCAAACAAGUUGACAUAGUUAGCUUUCAGGGCCCCCAGAGUAGUCACCCCCUUUAGCUGGGUUGGCAGCCUUUUCUGAAGGACUCCUUAGGCUGUGUCUUUCCAAGGGUGGGGGGCAUCUUCUUUUAUUAUAGUGCGUUCCAUUUGUACUCGGAUUUCCGAGUUCGGAACUCGGACAACCUCCGAGUAGCCCCAGCUCAGAAUCCAACAUGGCUGCCCCGUGCAUCAACAGUAGUGAAAGCUGUAGUAACAUACAGUUAUUUGUGUCUCACUCAACCAGUUUUACACACAGUCCUGUCCAACUUCUAUCUGUGGACAUGUUGUUAAGCUGUUUGUGUGAACAAAAAACAGCAUAAUGCUCUGUUAUCAACUGCUAUUGUUAACAGUGGCUAACCUGGCUACAGCUAACCCCACAAUGAAAAAUCUAACUUGUAAAUGGAACGUAUUCAACUCGAUUGUGACGUCAUUCCCAGCUGUGGCUUCCGAGUUCAGAGGUAAAUGGAACACACUAUUAUUCCAAACAACCCACAGACAUUAAACACAUGACUUCCUACAUUUCCCUACACAAACCUACCAGACAGGCAACUUUUUUGUCUUCUAUCAGUGUAUCAGAGUGGAGCAAAGCAAAUGUACAAAAGCAUACACCCAGAAGGAAACCUCUGAUAGUGGAGUGUAGAUCUAAGCCACAGAGAUAUGGGCCCGUGUGUGUUUAGGCCUGGUCUUGGUGUCUGUGGUGGAGGCAGACAGUUCUACUUGGUCUGGCCUCCACUAGCAGUGUGAAUGAAUGGGGUCCCACAAGUUUUUACAUAUACUUGAUUGUAUUUCUCAGUUCACUCUUUACCUCCACACAUGAGCUACAAAGUGCUUACGGUCAGAAUCCAAGUGCAAUGGACUGGCAUUGAGCUCAUGGAGUAUACUGUAAUGGGUCAUCAUGGCAGAGGGUUACAAAUGAGACAGAGAGAAUGAGAAGAAUGGUUGGACUGUGUCUGCUGAGUUUUUCCAUGUUUUCACCUUAAAACACCAAAUAAAACAAAAAGUCUUAA